AUGACAACAGCACCUCCACCAGACGCUUCGAUCGAUCAAACAAAGUCAAUCGAGUAUUGGAACAGCGUUGAAGCCACUCCAAAUGGCAUGCUUGGAGGAUAUGAAUACGUCUCCCGAAUCGAUAUCCAGGGGUCUAAAAACUUCCUUGCAAAGUUGCGACUUAAGACUGCGUCUAGCCCUGAAAUAUGGAAGGUCGCGGACUGCGGCGCGGGGAUCGGAAGGAUCACGAAAGAGCUAUUGACAACUUUGAACAAGGGCAAAGUUGUUGUAGAUAUCAUAGAACCGGUGGAGAAGUUCACUAAGGAGGCGAUUGAGGGCAAUAAUUUAAAAGAGGAGAGAGAAGAUGGGAGGGUAGGCAAAAUAGUUAACGUGGGGUUACAGCAGUGGGACCCUGUCAAGGCGACAGAGGAGAUGGGAGAAAAGUACUAUAUUAUCUGGAAUCAGUGGUGCGUAGGGCACCUUUCGGACGUGCAACUAGUAGCCUACCUUGCGCGCUGUAAAAAUGCUGUUUUGGAGGGCGGUGUCAUCGUUGUGAAGGAGAAUAUCACCGAGACAAAAGAUGACAUGUACGACGAGAUAGAUAGCAGUAUUACCAGGACGGAUCACAAGUUUAAAAACUUAUUCAGGCAAGCCGGAUUGCGGGUUGUAAGGACUGAGAUUCAGAAGGGAUUUCCAACACAACUGUAUCAGGUCCGUAGUUAUGCGCUGAGGGCGGUAUGA